CUUGCGAUAAGAUACCAAAUACUUAUGUACAGCUCGCAACCAACAGCUGAGAUUGCGUGAAUGUGUAUAAUAUGGGGUAAAACGGCAACAUUUAUUUUAUAACAAAAUAAUUUUAGUUGAAAUCUUUGGAAAUAAUUGACGCUAAUUGCAGGGUUUGUUGGAAAGGGGGGGAUGGGGGUUUCUUUUGUGAGCAUUGAGCUUAGCUCAAAGAGAAGCGAAUGGUUGCUUUAAUACAGCUCUCUUUGGCGGAUCAAAAAACAAUAAUUUUGUUAAUUAACACCUGGCCUGUGGCAUUUGUAUGCUGGCUCUAUAUAAAAUUGACUUUAAGCGCAGAUCUUAGCUCAGUUGCCCAAAAGCGCUUUGUUAGAAAAACAGCCCAGCGAGAAGCCCCGAAAACAGGCCCCAAUAGCAUUAUGGACUUCUACUAUCGACCCGGAUCUGCGCCCUGCCGUGCGGUCAUUAUGACGGCCAAGGCAAUUGGCAUUGAGUUUAAUAAUUUGAUUCUUAUCAACACACGCGCCGGUGACCAAUUCAAGCCGGAGUACCUGAAAAUUAAUCCACAGCACUCGAUACCCACCCUGGUGGACAAUGGCCUCUCGCUGUGGGAAUCGCGUGCCAUAAUGGUGUACUUGGUAGAGCAGUAUGGCAAGGAUGACACCCUGUAUCCCAAGGACAUACAAAAGCGGGCGCUUAUCAAUCAGCUCUUGUACUUCGAUAUGGGCACACUGUACAAGAGCUUUGCGGAUUACUACUAUCCGCAGAUCUUCCAGAAGCGAGCGCCCAAUGAGGAAUGCUACAAGAAGAUUGAGCCUGCUUUUGAGCUGUUCAAUACCUUUCUGGAGGGCCAAAGCUAUGCGGCUGGCGAUAAUCUAACUCUGGCGGAUAUAUCAAUCUUGGCCAGCGUCUCCUCCUUCGAUGUGGCUGGCUACGACUUUAAGCGUUACGGCAAUGUGGCCAAGUGGUACGAACAGGCCAAGCUGGUUACACCCGGCUGGGAUGUCAACUGGGCGGGUUGCCUGGAAUUUCGCAAAUACUUUGAUAGCUAGAUCCUCGGAUCCAUGCUGUGCCUAAUGUUUCAAAUAAAGAAAGCUUCAUUUA